AUGGACGAAUUCACAGACCUUCUCCUUGCGGACCAGACGAAGGCACCAGUCGUGAUCGAGCUUUGCAGGGCGAUUCGAGAGCACUGGCAGCUUCCCGAAGAGGACGCGGUCAUCGAGAGGCGCUGGUGCGACGCGCUCGUCGUCGUCAAGAAAGUCGCGGGCGUCGUCGUGAACCUUGAUGACAUGGGCGCUGCCUCGGCAGACUGCGACGUGGACGUCUACGACGGCUCAAUCGACAUGGACUCCAAGAGGCACAGUGGCAAGAGGAGCGCGCAGACGUCGAAGAGGCAACUCCCGCAGACGCUAGACUGCACCCUUGAGCUGAACUCCACGUGCCGUGCGAUCACCGAGACCGACGUUACGAAGCUGCUCAAGCUCGUCGACAUGGCCGCUCAGAUCGAAGUGGAGCUGGUUGGCACUGAGAUUGCGAGGACUUACGAAGGCCACGAGGUCACCCAUGUUACUGGUACUGCCGAGCGCCUCAUCGGCACGGCGGGCGACCCGCCGCAAGAUCGGCAACGCCUGGCGGUCCUUGCCACGUGCUUGUGCGUGUGCUGCCGGUCGGAAUCGUUCAGGGUCACCCCCGCGGAGUUGGCGAUCGCCCGCGCUUCCUUCGCUGCUGGCGUGAAGUUAUCUGCCCCCGAGCACGCCAUGGACGCGGUCAUCGGGACUCCGCGCGAAGGCCACGGAGUGAAACUCGCCCAAUGCGUGCUGGAGCUGAAGGGCAAUGGGCUGCCAGAGCAAGUCGGCGUCAAGCUGGACUCCUGCGUCCAGAUGCUCUUGGACGCAGGCUUGCUGCUGGACAAAGUCCUCUACGGCAAGUGGGUUGUCAUCCUGAAGGGCGUGAGCGCGGUCAGGAAGACGUCGCCGUUGUCUUGCAAGUAG